GUCAUUAUUGAGCGACAUCCCAGUUCGAAUAUUGCUGAUAUCGACAAGCAUAAGUUUCUUGUCCCAGAUGACAUCACAAUUGCUCAAUUCAUGUGGAUAAUUCGGAAGCGCAUAAACCUAUCUGCAGAAAAGGCUGUGUUUCUAUUUUUCGGCAAAACUAUGCCGCAGGCUAGCGCCACCCUUGGGCAACUAUAUGAGGACUGUCGAGACGCCGACGGCUUUCUUUAUGCGCAUUACAGUGGCGAAAACUCUUUCGGCUAA